AAUUUAGUUUGUGUGCAAACUUUGCAUGUUUUUCUCACUGUGACUCCACGCAGUGUGUGUGUGUGUUAAUGUUUAGUUGCGUCACAUGUGUCCCCGCAGCUUCCACGGAGGGUCAGUCCACCCACGGAGAGCGGGGAAAGCACAGCAGGCGAAACGGGCUGCGAGUAAUUCUUGGUUCAUACCAACAGAGCUCAUUGGUUUGAUCUCUACGAUUUCAUCGGACCUCCAUCCCCUGGAAAAGGUCACGGCUCUUCCUGCUAAAGUUGCGAUGGCGGAGCGGGUUCUGGUGGUAGGAGGCGGGGGACGGGAACACGCGCUGGCCUGGAAGCUGGCCCAGUCGCCCCAGGUCCAGCAGGUUCUGGUGGCUCCCGGAAACGCAGGAGCCGCCAGCUACGGCAAGAUCAGCAACUCUGAGGUGUCGGUGAGCAACCACAGCAUCCUGGCUCAGUUCUGUAAGGACCACCACGUCGGUUUGGUCGUAGUCGGACCCGAGGCGCCGCUGGCAGCAGGUAUGGUGGAUGAUCUGACGGCGGAUCUUUUCUUAUUUCUGUAG